AGGACUCGAGGGCGGUGGGCUGUGCCCGCGGGAACCCUGCUGGCCGUGCCAGUUUAGCUCUCUGCCUCGCCUUCCCACAGGCUCCCGAGGGAGCGGACAGUGCUGUAGGGAGGCUCUGUGCCCUGCCUGAGGGGGCGAAAGGAGCCCAGGCGCGCAGCUCCAGGAGGAGGAACCCAAGCUGCCCAAGUGACUAGUCCCGGGGGUGCCCUCUCUAAGGAGCUCCGAGAGACUGGGGCCCUUUUCCUGGGUCCUGUCCGUUUCGAACAAUCCUUAACAAUUAAGCUGCUGGGCGGCGCUGCUUCUCUGGAGACCUGACCCGAGAUUUCUAUCCCAAACCCGCUCUGGCGAGUUUGCGCCCGGGAGCAAGCGAGGCUCUGCGGGCGGCGCGCUUUCCCGAGCAGCGCGGAACCGGCGCCUGUAGAAGUCCACUUUCUGAGACAGCCCAAGGAGAGGGCGUUGAGAGAACUGAAGAGUCAGGGGCUUGGAGGAGCAAGACAUGUAUUUUCAGCUGCGUCUCAGAAGGGGAAAAAUUCCCUGUCAUCACCCCAGAGGCAACGACCCUGAAAUGUGACUGCGAUUGACUGGCAAGGGGGAGGCCUGGGUGUCUCUAGUUGAUGACUGAAUACACUAAAAAGCCGGUGCUUUCCUUGACGGAAUCUGGGGAUGAGCUGGUGUCAGUGACAGUGACCCGGAGAAAGGGAGUGAAGAGAGCUGUAGAGAGCAAGAGAGACCUUGCACAGGGAAAGCUCCUGCCACACACGUCUGCCACCCUCGGAUGGGAUGCUGGUGAGGCCCUCCACCCUGGGGAGCACCGGGGUCUGGGCCUGGGCUGCCCGUGAGGACUCCUGGAAGUCGGACUGACCUCUUCUCCCUGAUUCCCGCUUGAGGGGCAUCAAGCCCUGAUGUACAUUCCUUCCGGAAGAUGACUCUGAAUGCUUCCAGCAUGGAUGAGGCCGGUCUGGUCGUAGAGAGGGACUUCUCCUUCCGCAUCCUUACAGCCUGUUUCCUGUCACUGCUUAUCCUGUCCACUCUGCUGGGCAAUACCCUGGUCUGUGCUGCUGUCAUCAGGUUCCGACACCUGCGGUCUAAGGUGACCAACUUCUUUGUCAUUUCCUUAGCUGUGUCAGAUCUCUUGGUGGCUGUCUUGGUCAUGCCCUGGAAAGCUGUGGCUGAGAUUGCUGGCUUCUGGCCCUUCGGGUCCUUCUGUAACAUUUGGGUAGCCUUUGACAUCAUGUGCUCCACCGCGUCCAUCCUCAACCUCUGUGUGAUCAGUGUGGACAGGUAUUGGGCCAUCUCCAGCCCCUUCCAGUAUGAGAGGAAGAUGACCCCCAAGGCAGCCUUUAUUCUGAUCAGUGUAGCAUGGACUUUGUCUGUUCUCAUCUCCUUCAUCCCUGUGCAGCUCAGCUGGCACAAGGCAAAACCCACAAGUCCCUCCGAUGGGAAUGCUACUUUCCUGGAAGAGACCACAGACAACUGUGACACCAGAUUGAGCAGGACCUAUGCCAUUUCAUCUUCCCUAAUAAGCUUUUACAUUCCAGUGGCCAUCAUGAUUGUCACCUACACCAGUAUCUACAGGAUUGCCCAGAAACAAAUACGGCGCAUCUCAGCCUUGGAGAGGGCGGCCGUGCAUGCCAAGAAUUGCCAGACCACCCCAGGUAACGGGAACCCCGUUGAAUGUUCUCAGUCAGAGAGCUCCUUUAAGAUGUCCUUCAAAAGAGAGACUAAAGUUUUGAAGACUCUGUCUGUGAUCAUGGGGGUGUUUGUGUGCUGCUGGCUCCCUUUCUUCAUCUCGAACUGUAUGGUGCCGUUCUGUGAGUCUGGGGAGACUCAGCCUUUCUGCAUUGAUUCCAUCACCUUUGAUGUGUUUGUGUGGUUUGGGUGGGCUAAUUCUUCCUUGAAUCCCAUCAUUUAUGCCUUUAAUGCUGAUUUUCAGAAGGCAUUUUCAACUCUCUUAGGAUGCUACAGACUUUGCCCUACAACGAAUAAUGCCAUAGAGACAGUCAGCAUCAAUAACAACGGGGCUGUGGUGUUUUCCAGCCAUCAUGAGCCACGAGGUUCCAUCUCUAAGGAGUGCAAUCUGGUUUACCUGAUCCCACAUGCAGUAGGCUCUUCUGAGGACCUGAAAAAGGAGGAGGCAGGUGGAAUAGCCAAACCCCUGGAGAAGCUGUCCCCGGCCCUAUCAGUCAUAUUGGAUUAUGACACCGAUGUCUCUCUGGAGAAGAUCCAGCCCAUCACACACAAUGGGCAGCACCCAACCUGAACUCCUAGAGGAAUCCUGCCACACAGAAUCUAAAGGAGAGAAAUCUGGGGCAUGCUCUUAGAAAUCAAGGUCUGGUGAGACACUGUGAUGUCAGGAGAGACCUUUGCUGCUUUCAAGCAGACAACUAAGUAUAUUUUCAAAUACAUUCCAGUAUAUCUUCUGUACUCCAUCGUCCAUCAAACAGGUACAUAUGGGAAACCAAAAGGGACAUGUCUUAGACUCCAAAAUCAGUUCUGAAACUUGUCUUAUGACAUACGAACAACUGCACUUAAAAAUCAAACCUUUCUGGAAAGCAAGUGAGAAGGGUUGCAUUUGCUGUAUACAAACAGGUGCUAAAACUGUUCCAAGCAAAGUUUUCAGAUUGUCAAGGUAGGUGCAUGCCUUCAUAAAUUAUUUCUAAAAAAAUGAGCCUUACGGUAGGAAUGGGAGUUUUUUCAGAAUUGAGAGAUGCUUUGUUGAUAUUGAUUUUAUUUAUUUAUUGUAUUAUAUGUAUAUUUAAAAUUUAUCAUAAUAAAUCUAUAUUUAUCAUAUUUAAUAGGACAAACAAUGACUCAUCUAAGAUUGAGCUGCCCAUUGAACUAGCACUUUAUAAGCCAAUGAAACAAACACACAGACUCUGAUUCUAAAUGUUCAUGAGUAGCUUCUAGAAACACAGAAAAGGCUGAUAGGAAAUGAAGUUGUGGUGAUUUCUUAAAACACACUAGCAUAAAUAAA